AUGUUCUCUUUCACCAGGACGACCUUGCGUGGGGCACUUGUACCUAGAAUAGCCCCGCGUGUGCCCCUCCCCCGCUAUGCCCUUGCAAGGCCCUUGUCGUCAUCGCUCCCCAGACUCCAUGGUCAUAUCCAUAAGCCGAACCCUGGAGAAGAGCUCCAUGUCACCUUCAUCACCAAAGAUGGGUCGCAACAAACUUUCGAGGUUGCUGAAGGCGACAAUCUUUUGGACAUUGCUCAGGCUUAUGGGCUUGAUAUGGAAGGUGCUUGUGGUGGGUCUUGUGCAUGUUCUACUUGCCAUGUCAUAGUAGACCCAGACUUUUACGAUGAAAUUCCUGAGCCUGAUGAUGACGAAAACGAUAUGUUGGAUUUGGCGUUUGGUCUCACAGAGACCUCGAGGCUCGGGUGCCAGGUGAAGAUGACUAAAGAGUUGGACGGCCUCAGAGUGGCCUUGCCAGCAAUGACGAGAAACUUGCAGUCGAAGGAUUUUAAUUAG